AAUCAAUGGGAUUAUACAUAGUAGGAAAAGAAGAAGUUGCAGAUUUAUAUGAGACAAAAGUAGCGGAAUUAUUGAUAUCUUGAUAGAUCAUGAUCCAACAGGAAUAAAUAAAGACAUCACUAUUAUUUCCAAUUUUGGAUUGCCAUGCUGAUCCAGAGAUGCUGAUUACAUGUAAAACCUCACAUGCUCAGUUAAAUAGAACUGGCAAUUAAAAAUAAAUUUGCGUUGCAUGUAUCAUCAACGAGAUGCUCAUGACUGGAUCAGAACUAUACUUGUGACUAUAUCAAUACAUAUCAAUCCAUCAAAACCGGCAGAUAUGCGUUCAUCAUUCAUACUUGCUUUUCACUUGACACUAAACGUUCUCGCUAGCAACAAGACAUGGUACAUGGGAUUCCCGGAUAAACGACCCUUCACUGUUCAUACCACUAGGUUUCUGUGUGCUGGUCACCCCAACUACACCAUUGUGGAGCAGUGUAAGCUGAAGCUCCAUCGAAACAAGCCAUCGGCUAUAACCUUCCGAGCUACUUUCCUAAAACCAUUGGAACCCGUUGUCGGCUCGAUGAAGAUAUGGUACAAAACGAAUGUGAACAUCUGGCGACCUCUGCUGGGAAUAGACGAGUGGAAUCACGCUUGCGACUUUUUGACCGCCAAAUACGAGGACUUGGAUUUGAUGCAGAAAAUAUACCGUAGAUCUCUGAAGCACAUGUUGCCUCAUCUGGACGUUCGAUGUCCGCUACAGCAGGGAGCUACCGGAACGACAUGGCCUUACUAACGGUGGAAAAUCUGACAGUUUUGGAGUUACAUUUCUACGGAACAGUUCGAGCUAAGGGCUUAUUCGAUUUGAGUAUGGGUUAGUUGUUGUUAUGUUUUGACGUGCAUGUACAAAGAAACGUGAGAUCGUUUUUCCACGAUUCACAAGACAAGUGCUUCUUUCACCGCCAAGUUACGGA